CAGCCUCUCUGCACGGCACCGACACGCUCCACAUCGGGCUGCGUAUUUUGGGCGCUGCGCUCGGACUAAUCGCGCUGAUCCAGAGGACCCCCUCCUCCUGUUCUCCAGCCUCGGUCACCUCGCCUCGAAGAUGAAGUUAUACGCGAGCGGACGACAGGUGCGAGCCGCAUCCGAUGGAGCCCCGCUUCCCUCCGCGUCCAUCGACCAACCCGAUGCAGCACUUCCUCAUGUUACGGUCUCAGCUGACAGAUUCUGAUAUGGACUAUGAGAGGCCAAACGUUGAAACUAUCAAGUGUGUGGUGGUGGGAGACAAUGCAGUCGGAAAGACCCGCCUUAUCUGCGCCCGAGCCUGCAAUGCCACACUGACUCAGUACCAGUUACUCGCUACACAUGUUCCCACGGUCUGGGCAAUUGACCAGUACAGAGUAUGCCAGGAGGUACUAGAGCGCUCUAGAGAUGUAGUGGAUGACGUCAGCGUGUCCCUUCGUCUCUGGGACACGUUCGGAGACCAUCAUAAGGACCGACGUUUUGCAUAUGGCCGGUCCGAUGUGGUGGUGCUGUGCUUCUCAAUCGCCAAUCCCAACUCUCUGUACCAUGUGAAGACCAUGUGGUACCCCGAGAUCAAACACUUCUGCCCCCGUGCUCCUGUCAUCUUGGUGGGCUGUCAGUUGGACCUGCGCUACGCUGACCUGGAGGCAGUGAACAGGGCACGGAGGCCUUUAGCUCGACCUAUUAAAUCAAAUGAGAUUCUUCCUCCAGAGAGAGGUCGGGAGGUGGCCAAAGAGUUGGGAGUGCCAUAUUAUGAAACCAGUGUUGUUGCUCAGUUCGGUGUCAAGGACGUCUUUGACAAUGCUAUCCGAGCUGCGCUCAUCUCACGCCGCCACCUGCAGUUCUGGAAAUCUCACCUCAGAAACGUGCAGCGGCCUCUCCUUCAGGCACCCUUCCUGCCACCGAAACCUCCCCCUCCUAUAAUCACUGUGCCUCCUCCCCCAACCACCACAGAGGAGCAUCCAGUUGGUCUGCUUGAGGACCCACACUGUGCUGACGUCAUUCUGGUUUUGCAGGAGCGACAGAAAAUCUUUGCACAUAAGAUAUACCUGGCGACUUCCUCUUCAAAGUUCUACGACCUCUUCAUUAUGGACACGCAAAAUGAGGAGAAUGAAAGGCCCACUCGCGGUCCUCUAUCUGGCAGAGAGCUGCUGAUGCGUGCUGCUAGCUUUGACGUUUGCGAGAGCAGCGAUGACGGAGACAGGGCCAACCUGAGGGCUUGCACUAGCGAUGGGACCUUGAAGGACUCACAGGGGGGCCGAAGGGGCAGGCUGCUGUCAUCGUGGAGCAGAGCCUUCGUCAGCAUCCAGGAGGAGCUGGUCGAUGACCCUCUUACUUACAGCCCUAGGCCCAUGACUGUUGUGCACAUGGACCAGUCCAUGCAGCUGGGUCCUUUCCGAGCAGUGCUCCGCUACCUGUACACAGGUCAGCUGGACGAGAAUGAGAAAGAGUUAAUGCACAUUGCACACAUUGCUGAGCUGCUGGAGGUCUUUGACCUGCGGAUGAUGGUGGCAAACAUACUUAACAAUGAAGCCUUCAUGAACCAAGAAAUCACCAAAGCCUUCCAUGUACGGCGCACAAACAGAGUCAAAGAGUGCUUGGCUAAAGGCACCUUCUCUGAUGUAGUAUUCAAGCUAGACGAUGGGACGAUCAUGGCUCACAAACCGUUACUCAUCUCUAGUUGUGACUGGAUGGCAGCUAUGUUCGGGGGGCCCUUUGUGGAGAGCUGCACAAAAGAGGUGCUGUUUCCCAACACUACUCGCAGCUGUAUGAGGGCUGUGCUGGAAUAUCUCUACACAGGGCGGUUUUGCUCUCGACCUGACUUGGAUGCAAUGGAAUUGAUUGUUCUUGCCAAUCGUCUUUGCCUCCCCCACCUGGUUGCACUUACAGAACUCUACACAGUAACAGUGUUGACGGAGGCAGCGAUGAUGGGAGCUGACAUUGAUGGAGAUGUGCUGGUGUACUUGGAUAUGGCCCAGUUCCACGGUGCGCAGCAGCUCACAGGCUGGUGUCUUCACCACAUCUGCACCAACUACAACAGCGUCUGCCGCAAGUUUCCCAGAGACAUGAAGGCCAAGUCUACAGAUUAUUCUGAUGCAGAGAACCAAGAAUACUUUGAGAAACACCGCUGGCCACCCGUGUGGUACCUCAAAGAGGACGACCACUACCAAAGAGCACGAAAAGAACGCGACAAGGAGGACUACCUGUACCAGAGGCGGCAGUGCAAACGCAAGUGGAUUUUCUGGAACCUUCCCUCCUCCCCUAACUCGAACUCUCCCUCUUCUGGCUCGUCCGCCAUCAUCUGACCGAGCGGUAAGGCAGGGUCCCCGCCGGAGUCCACUCAGCGCGGAUGUGACUUGUAACAGAUACAAUAGAAGAUAAGCACUGCUGACUAGAUCCGCCCCCAGUUAUUCAGGCACAGUUUCUCCUUCUCUGGUUUGUUUGCAGCACAUUAAGGUCGGCUCAAUCUGGCAGUUUAAGUUGAGCUUUGUUCCCUGUAUUUUUAGCUUGGUGUUUAUGACACUCAGACCUCAGUGAUAUGAGCCUCACUGACAAAUGGCACAGUGUGUCCGGCGCAAACAACAACUCACAUCGAUCGUUAUGUGUUCCACCAUCUGAGUUUAAAGUAAUAGCACUCUGCUGGCACAGAACUUUCCACCUGUGGUCAUAACUAUCAUCAGUCAACCUGAACUGAUAACCAAGUGCUGCUUAUCAGCUGCAACAACCAGCAACUCAACACAGAAAUUAAGUCUCAGAGAUAUAACACUUUGCCCUUAAGUGUUUGUACAAUCUACCAAACUGCGUGUACAGUAUGAUCUCAUCAUCAAGAUGCAACAUCGUAUAGUCUGCCAUGAAUCAAGUACUGAACUCAUCCACUCUAACCAUGCUGAUUAUCAUCCUGUAUGCAUAAAAGCAAAUACAGGCAAGUUGUAUCUCUGUCCAGCCCUUGUGUUUUUGAAUGUUUGUGUACGGCUUGCACAACUGAGAGCGGUGAAUCUGGACACACUCGUAUUUAUGAUGUAUCGUGAUCUUGUGAUUUGUCGCCUCUUGUCACAAAAGGGCUUUAGUUUACAUGAAUGCAUUCAGUGUCCGGAGACACAAGAGAUUCCAAAUUGAGGCAAAUUUUCUGUAAAAAGGCCAGCAAAAAUAAACCACGAUUAUUUCCCUGUAUGUUUCGAUGAGGCUUGUUGGCGCCACAUGUUUUUCCUGGGUCCUUUCCUGGCUUAACGUUGGAUGGUCCCAUCAGCCUGAUCGCUGUCAUCCUGGGAAGCUACACAAACUGUACAUCUCCAGAGCUGAAGUGCCCACGUGUACAUUCCUCUGUGACGGACAGGUUUGACAUCUCAAAUCUGGUGGGGACUUCUCUUGGUUGACCGGAGGAUGUCUCCAGGACUGUCUGCAUUUGUACAUGCAGGAAGCUUCCUCGCGGUGGUGAAGUCAUCCAUGUUCUUCUACACAUCUCGAGCACUUUCUUGGACUCUUCUGCGACAGAGACACACACAAAACCCUCCAGUAGCAACAUCCUGGUGAACGGCACUGAGGACAGUAAAAAAAAAAAAAAAAAGGAACUGGGGAGGAUCAUGGUGUUUCGAAUGUUAUAAAAUAUUGUCAAGCGAUUUAAUUCAAAUCAUUUGUGUUGAUUUGUUUUGCACACGUCACAGUAUAUGUUCAAGAUUGUCAUCUCAUGUUGGACUUGAUUGUAGGAUGGAGUGCAGCAAUGUUCAGAUUUGAAAGCACGGUUCUCAGUGAAGCUGGGUCGUAUUGUAAAUUGUAAAAAAAGAAAAUCAGAUGAACUGCAAGUAACUUGCUUCACUCUCAUGCACAGUUACAUAAUAUUGUGCACUGCAGGCAGUGAGCAGUAUGGCACAGUAUUACUGAGUAAUACAUAUACUAAAUAUAGACUUGACUCGUCCAACUCGCAUUUAGUUACUGUGCAGCUACACACUGUUGUUGAAAUAGCUAAAUACUCAUCGUGCUGACCUCCAGUUACAUCGAUUAUACGCUGUAGUAUACAUGGAAAUCACUGGUAGUUCACAUGAGCAGUGGAAUAUAGAUAAAUAGACUCAUAGUAAAAUAGGAUUAGGGUAAAGUAGACACAUGUUUGUAUAAAUUACAUUAUAAAGACAUACAUGAAACAUACCAUUGUUAUCAAAAGAGUCAAAAGAGUUUUGCAGCAUAUGUUAAAGAAAGCUUGCUUGAGUUACACUUUAUCAUACAGGUUUUGACUAGACACAUAUUAGACAGAGCCCAGUCUUUCCUGUGAUAACUCCUGACCUGACCACAUUGCAUGGACAAGGAUGAAGUUCAGUCAUCAUCAUCAAGUGUACGCUACAGACAAGUGAUGGUUCUGGUGCUCUAAGCAGUAGCUUUAAAUUGUUCUCGAUAAUAUUCAUAUUGUCUGUUGCUAAUUAAGUAAACACAGCAACCUUCAUUUGAGGGUUUUAAUUGUUCAAAUCUUUUUGGCACACAUUGUCAGACAUUAGGCAGAGAGAGCAUGGUACUCUUUAAGAUCCAGCUUUAUUCUAAUCCUUAAUGCAUGGAUUCACCAAUAUGCUGCAUUCGAUUUAAGUAGUUAAUAAACAAUAAGGCCCAGUUUUCAUGUUAAAUACAGUUUAUUAUAAUAUCUAUAGCAAGAGGGUCUGUGUUGUUAUAAUUUGCCUUGGUGUGAUAGAUGAAGUUCAUAGAUGUGCAUUUCAUUCCUCAGUGCACUGCAUUUCCCAAUGAAUCUACUGCUGAUGUCUUGCAUCAACGGCACCUCAUGCCUUAAUGUACAGUGUAGUGUACGGCAUCGAAUGUAAUGUUGUGUUACUAUGGUCAGUAGCUUGUCUGCUAUGUGUUAGGUUACCAUGGUGCUCUCAGCGUGUGUAUCUGUAAAUGUACAUGAUCCAUAAUUUGGAUGUAAAGCAAUCAAUCCGCGCGUGAUUUGAGGAGUCUGGUGAACGUGGUUUAGGUCGAACACUACGUAGGAUUGUAUGUUUUAAGCCGAAACACAAAACUAAUUAAAGACUCUGAUCUGAUCUGAGGCCACCCUCAACUAACACAAGGACAACCCAUUGAUUUGUGACAUUAUAAUCAUGAAUUGAAUGCAGGGAUUUCUGAUUUAGUUUUUAUUAUUUCAAAGCUGCUUUAUGCUGAUGAGUCAGCACAGUUACAACAUGCUGAGACAGUGCGGCCAUUGGCAGUUAGAUUUGAACUCAAACAUGUAAAUAUAAAUUGUAGGCUGCGAUAUGAGCUAUUGCAUAGUUUAACUAGGUAGUGUUUUGUACUAUGCAUACUGAAACGUCUGACUUUGAAACUUGCACUGCUUUGUAGCACCAGGUUCUAUUCAAUUUACAUUAGAUGGUAUUGCAACAUCAUCAGUUAGGCACACAACAUCAGGUAAAAAUAGAAAAAAACUGAUUAGAUCAUAAAUUACAGAGAUGUUGACACUGGGGCCCUCUCCAUAAGUUUGGGUGCUAAUAUCACCGCUGCAGAGAAGCACAAACCAAAGGGAGCUUUAGCAGCACCAGGAAUAUAUUAUAUAUGCUGCACAAUCACUUCUGCAUAGUUUAAGAGGCCUUGUUCUGAAAUGGUUGAAAAUUCAAUGAAAAAGAGAAAAAAAAACUAUAAAGAAAAGAAAAAAAACUUGAAUGUUUUCUCAGUGUUCAAAGCCU